GGGGCGGUUCCUGCCGGAGCGGCGCGUGGAUCAAGAUGUCGGGCCGGGAAGGAGGCAAGAAAAAGCCAUUGAAACAACCGAAAAAGUCAAACAAAGAAAUGGAUGAGGAUGACCUUGCUUUCAAACAGAAGAAGAAGGAUGAGCAGAAGAAACUGGAUGAGCUGAAGACGAAAGCUGCAGGCAAAGGGCCACUCGGUUCUGGAGGCAUUAAGAAAUCUGGCAAGAAAUAACUGAUACACUGGAACAUCCAAAUUAAACCCUAUUGAAGCUAUAAUGUCCAUUUAUCGUAAUAGGGUGGUAACAUUUGCAAAGUGUUUUUUUAAAUUGUUUGAGCUCUCUACCUUCCCUUGUAAAUUGUACAUUUGUUUAAAAAUCCAAUAAAAAAAUCUUUCCUGA